AACCCCACGUCCCCACCAAACCACCACCACUCUCCUCGGCUUGUGUCGCGUGUGUGGCGCGGCGGCGGCGGCGGCGGCGGAGCUGAGCGGCCGCGGCGAUGGCGCCAAGGGACCAGUCAUGUGGGGACGGCGGCGAGGUGGAUCCGGAGGGUGGCAUCGAGGCGCCACUCCUCUCCUCCGGCUCCUCGUUCUUCCAGGACCCGGCGCACGAGGACGGCGAUGGCGACGAGGAGGCGCGACGGCGGCGGCGGAGGUUCCUCCUCGCCGGCCGCUCCCAGUCCAACACCACCUCCCAGGUGGCCCUCGUCGGCGUCGGCGUGUGCCCCAUCGAGAGCCUCGACUACGAGUUGAUCGAGAACGAAGUGUUCAAGCAGGACUGGAGGGCGCGGGGGCGGGGUCACAUCCUGCGCUACGUGGCGCUCAAGUGGGCCCUCUGCUUCCUCGUCGGCGUCCUCUCCGCCGCCGCCGGAUUCGUCGCCAACCUCGGCGUCGAGAACGUCGCCGGCGCCAAGUUCGUCGUCACCUCCAAUCUCAUGCUCGCCGGCAGAUACGGGACAGCGUUUGCGGUGUUCCUGGUUUCGAAUUUCGCCCUUACGAUGUUAGCAACGGUGCUGACGGUGUAUGUGGCGCCGGCGGCGGCCGGGUCGGGCAUCCCUGAGGUGAAGGCUUACUUGAACGGGGUUGAUGCCCCCGACAUAUUUUCUCUAAAGACCCUGGUGGUGAAGAUUGUGGGUUGCAUUGCUGCAGUAUCAUCAUCAUUGCAUGUGGGAAAAGCUGGUCCUCUAGUACACACAGGUGCAUGCAUUGCAUCUAUACUUGGACAAGGUGGGUCAAGUAAAUAUCACCUGACAUGUAAAUGGCUAAGGUACUUCAAGAAUGAUAGGGACCGAAGGGACCUUGUUACUUGUGGUGCUGGUGCUGGUAUUGCUGCUGCUUUCCGGGCACCAGUUGGUGGAGUCCUGUUUGCUCUUGAAGCAGUGUCUUCAUGGUGGAGGAGUGCCCUACUCUGGCGAGCAUUUUUCACAACAGCAAUGGUUGCUGUUGUGCUUAGGGCAUUGAUAGACUUCUGCAAAAGUGACAAGUGUGGCUUGUUUGGGAAAGGUGGACUUAUAAUGUUUGAUGUGACUUCAGAUUACAUCACCUACCAUUUGGUCGAUUUACCGCCAGUAAUCACUCUAGGAGUUCUUGGUGGAGUACUAGGAAGCUUGCACAACUUUUUCCUGGACAAGGUUCUUCGUCUCUACAAUUUUAUUAACGAGAAAGGGCAAAAGUACAAGCUGCUCCUGGCUGCAGUAGUCACCAUUUGUACAUCCUGUUGUCUCUUCGGCUUGCCAUGGAUUGCUUCUUGCAAACCUUGUCCAAGUGACACCGAAGAAGCCUGUCCAUCCAUAGGAAGAUCUGGUAAUUUUAAGAAGUAUCAGUGUGCAAUGAAUGAGUACAAUGACUUAGCUAGCCUGUUCUUCAACACCAACGAUGACACCAUUAGAAACCUUUACAGUGCUGGCACUGAUGAUGAAUUCCAUAUCUCUUCAAUACUUGUCUUCUUCUUCACAUCGUAUUUCCUGGGCAUUUUCAGCUAUGGCCUUGCUUUACCAUCCGGCCUUUUUGUGCCAGUUAUUUUGACAGGUGCAACUUAUGGCCGCCUUGUUGGCAUGUUAAUUGGGUCCCAAUCAACAUUAGAUCAUGGCCUUUUUGCAGUUCUUGGCUCUGCUGCCCUUCUAGGAGGAUCAAUGAGAAUGACUGUCUCAGUUUGUGUCGUCAUCCUAGAGCUGACUAAUAAUUUACUUAUGCUUCCUUUGGUUAUGCUGGUCCUUCUCAUAUCGAAGACAGUGGCAGAUGCUUUUAAUGCAAAUAUUUAUGAUUUGCUUGUUAAAUUGAAAGGAUUUCCUUAUCUCGAAGGCCAUGUUGAACCUUACAUGAGGCAAUUGUCUGUCAGUGAUGUUGUAACUGGUCCUCUACAGGCAUUCAAUGGCAUAGAGAAGGUUGGCCAUAUAGUGCAUGUCUUAAGGACAACUGGACAUAAUGGUUUUCCUGUUGUUGAUGAGCCACCAUUUUCAGAUUCUCCUGUCUUAUUUGGUCUAGUUCUUAGAGCCCACUUGCUUGUUCUGCUGAGAAAGAAAGAUUUCAUUCCUAACUGCUCAGCUUCAGCACUGGAUGCUUCCAAGCAAUUCUUGCCUCAUGAUUUUGCUAAACCUGGCUCAGGAAAGCAUGACAGAAUAGAGGAAAUAGAAUUCAGUGCAGAAGAACUGGAAAUGUUCGUAGAUUUGCAUCCGUUCACAAACACGUCUCCUUACACUGUGGUCGAGACUAUGUCUUUGGCUAAGGCCCAUGUGCUUUUCCGCGAAGUUGGAUUGAGGCAUCUUUUGGUUCUACCAAAAUCGUCUAAGAGAGCGCCUGUUGUAGGCAUACUGACAAGGCACGACUUCAUGCCUGAGCAUAUAUUGGGUCUUCAUCCUUUCCUCUUCAAGACUAGAUGGAAGAAGGUGCGGUUUGGCAAGUCAGCAUUCACCAACCUCGUCUUCUGACGCUCGCUAGUAACUGAUGAGUUUGCUCAAGGAUGCACUGCUGCUGUAAAUUCCAUCUUGAUGCUGGGAGCUGCACAGUAUAAUCUUAUAUGAUGAAGACCACAAAAAAAUGUAGUAGAUUCUCCAGCCUGGGAAUCUAGCAGCUAAUUGUACUGCAUUUUCUUUUCUUUUCUUUUUUUGUUACGAUUGUACCGAGUGGUACCAUAUUCAGAAUGUUCAAGCUACAAUGGACAGUGCAAGUAGGAAAUCUUUUUUUGUAAAUGUAAAUCUUGUUUGGAACGUACAAAUUUUGUUAGUCGAAAUGAGUUUAAUCGAAACUAUAAA